CCACGUUCUUUUCCCCUGCCUCAAAUUCAAGAUGGCGAAGAACGUGCACUCCAAAACCUACGUGACCCCACGUCGGCCAUUUGAAAAGGCUCGUCUUGAUCAAGAACUUAAACUGAUUGGUGAGUAUGGUCUCAGGAACAAGCGAGAGGUCUGGAGGGUGAAAUACACUCUCGCCAAGAUUAGAAAGAGAGCCCGAGUUUUGCUGACCCUUCCUGAGAAAGACCCUCGACGUCUCUUCGAAGGUAAUGCCCUUCUGAGAAGGCUUGUUCGUAUUGGAGUACUGGACGAAAGCCGAAUGAAGCUCGAUUACGUGCUUGGACUUAGGGUUGAGGACUUUUUGGAGAGGAGACUACAAACCCAGGUCUUCAAGCUCGGCCUAGCAAAGUCAAUUCACCAUGCCCGUGUUAUCAUCAGACAGAGGCACAUCAGGGUACGCAAGCAGCUGGUAAAUAUACCAUCAUUUGUUGUGAGGCUUGACUCUCAAAAGCACAUUGAUUUCAGCCUUAACUCACCUUAUGGCUGUGGCAGACCAGGUCGUGUUAAGAGAAAGAAUAUGAGAAAGGGACAAGGUGGAGGUGGAGAUGAAGAAGAUGACGAGUAGGUGAAGGUAUCAAGAAUAUAAAGAACACUUUUAUGUUCAUUGAAUAUGAAAAAAAAUGAUAUUUCAAUGUAA